UUUUUCUCUAUUUUUUUUUCUUCAUUUGGUUUUCCAACGCGCAACCGAAAAGGCGUUCACCUCAAUCACAUGUUAGUAAUCAACCUAAUCAACAAUCAGUGAAUUAAAUUGUCAACUAAGAAAUGGAAUUUACUGAUCUAAUUAAGACACAUAAGCUUGAAAAUGUGAUCCUUCAUCGACCCUUUUGGGAGCCUAUUGAAUGUGCUCUAUGUAUAACUAGUCAUCAAUUGUUGGUCUCAUCAAGAAAAAUUGAUGGUGAUGAAUUAUGGCUUCUCCAUUCGAUUGUUGAUGUUGUUGAAAGAAAGGCUACUCCAACUGGUGGAAGUAUAACUUUAAAGUGUAAAGAUUUUCGUAUCAUUCAACUGGAUAUUCGUGGUAACGAGGAGUUUAACAAUGUUGCCAAUUCCAUUGAUUGCCUAUCAAAUAUCGAUGACCCUCGACUGUUAUUCCCUUUCUAUUAUCCAUGUAACUUCGAGAUAGUUGAAGAUGGUUGGGAUGCAUUCCAAAUUGAGAAAGAAUUCUCAAAAAUCAUGAUGUACUCAGAUGCCUGGAGAAUCAGUUAUGUAAACAAAAAUUUCACGGUAUGUCCAUCUUAUCCUGAAGCUGUAAUUGUUCCUAAAUCAAUUAACGAUGAAACAAUCAUUGGAAUCGCUUCUUUCCGAUGCCUUGGUAGAUUCCCUGUUCUCAGUUAUCUUCACAAAAGUAACAAGGCAGUAAUUUUACGAAGUGGUCAACCAAUGGUUGGAACAAGUUCGAAAAGGUGUAAAGAAGAUGAAAAGUUGAUCAACACUGUAUUAGGAUCUCAAAAGAGAGGAUAUAUUAUCGAAACAAGAACACAAAAUUUAGCUCAACUUGCAAGAAGCAAAGGUGGAGGCUUUGAACCGGAAGUACAUUACCCUCUCUGGAGAAGAGUUCAUAAACCGAUUGAUCGACAUUCAUCUCUAUUGGAUUCACUGAGUAAACUUGUCGAAUUAUGUAAUGAAACUUCAUGUUCGAUGGAUAAAUUUUUAUCUCGCCUUGAAUCUUGUGGAUGGUUAAGUCACAUUAAAGAUGUCCUAAUGUGUGCCUGCCUUGUAGCUCAAUGUAUUGACCAAGAAGAAGCGUCGGUUCUAGUCCAUGGAGCUGAGGGAAUGGAUUCAACGUUACAAGUUUGUUCAUUGGCACAAGUUAUUCUUGAUCCUGAUUGUCGUACAGUCCAUGGAUUUGAAGCACUAAUUGAACGUGAAUGGAUUCAAAGUGGUCAUCCAUUUGCAACCCGAUGUAAACAUGGUGCAUAUACUAUUCCCUCUUCUCGAACCCGUGAACAAAGUCCAAUAUUUUUGGUCUUUCUUGAUUGUGUCUAUCAAAUUUAUCACCAAUUUCCCUGUUCAUUUGAGUUUAAUGAGAAAUUUUUAAUUAUGCUCUUCGAACAUGCCUAUGCAUCACCUUUUGGUACUUUUCUGGAAAAUUGUCUUAAACAACGAAAGGCACUUGAAAUUUCAAAGAAAACCGUUUCUCUCUGGUCUUACAUUAAUCGGCCUGAUAAAAUUUGCGAUUAUCUUAAUCCAGCAUACGAACCAAAUAAUUCAGUCAUCUGGCCCUCAGUUGCUCCUCAAAGUAUUGUUCUUUGGGAAGCAAUGUACCUCCGAUGGUCAAUCCCUCAAGGCUAUCGUGAUGAAAUGUACACUGCAAUCUCACAACUCAAAGAUUACGAGAAAGAAAUGAAAACCAAAGCUGCCAAACUCAGAACACAAUUGUUACAACUUGCGAUUGCAAAUCGUUAAACCUAUCGAAACCACUUCUUCUUUUUUUAUAUAAUAUGGGGAUAAAAAUUUGAACAAUUUAUUAAUCCAAUUAACUCAAUAUUAAUUACGUUUGCUCUGUUUAUCAACAAAAAUCAAUUUUUCUUUACUCUUAAGUUAUUAUUAUCAUUGAUUGUUUACUAACCUCCCUCCUUAAAAAAAGUAUUGUUACUUAUAUAAUAUUUCAAACGAAAACUAAUUUUGUAAUCUCAAUCACAGAUAAAUUAGUUUGAAUUUGAAACUCAGAAAAAUCAAUUCUGAUUUUGUAAACAAUCAACUUGGAAAUUAAUCAAUUUUCCCAAUUGUUAAUCAAUUAAAAAUUUUAUCUGUCAAA